GCCAUUUUGACAUUUGUUUGGCUUUGUGUUUUUCAAUAUAUUAAUUAUCAUUUAAUUACAUGAUUAGAGUGAAGCGCAUAUUCACUUCCGUCAUUUAAUUGCUUUAAUAAAAUAUUUGACAAUUAAAACUGUACGCAUCAGUGAGAGUUGUUUUCGGUUACUGGCGCAUAAAUCAAUAAUGUGUUAGCGCCGCUUUUUUCUUUUUCGCGAGAGUUAUUUUAUAGUUAUUUCGUUAGUGCAGUGCUUAUAUUAAUAGUGAUUAUUUAAUUAAUACUCAUCAGAAAAUUUCGAACGAGUGUUUCGUAAGAAUAUAAUUGAAAAAGUAUAUAAAAUUGUCGUAAAAAAAGGCGCGAAGUUGUUUGCCGCGCCGAAUUUUUUGGGUUGAAAUUUUAUAAUUAAACAAAGAAUAUUUCUUACGUAUCUGUCAAUAAAAUCUGUGUUUAGAAUAAACACAUUGUAAUGCAUAAAUAUAAACUGUUACAUCAUUUAAAUGUCUGGAGUAAAACUUAACUUUCUAAUCGUAUAGAGUUCAUGUUAAAUGCCCCAUAAUCUUGCGAUGCGGUUAAGAAGUAGGAAAAGGGAGCGACCGCUCUCAGCGACAAAGUCUCAAAGAUCGAAAAAUUUAAAAGCAAAAUCUCUUAACAAGCCUCUACUGAAAAACAAGUCAACUUGGGAAAAGGUUUUGAGUGGGGAAAAUGGUCUAUCAUCUGGACCAUCCCUGCAUUGUAUUACACGAUCUCAGAAAAAUCUAGAACUCAAAACAAGGCCAGUUAGAACGAAAAUCGUCAAAAAGAUGGAAAAACCCGUGGAGAUAAAGAAGUCUAAGUCGAAGGAGGAAUCGUGUGCUAAGAAGCCAAUCUUUCAAACUGUUGUCCGUAAUACGAAUAAAGACAUUGUAACAUCAACGACUAAGCCUAAAAUGCAGAAUGAUAAGGUUACAACCACAUCAAAGAACAAAUUGAAAGAUGUACGUACAACGAAAAGUGUUCAACUACGUCAAAGUUCUCUGAAUAGAGAGUUGAGAAAGACAGAAUCUGUAUCAUCAGCAUUGAGCUCACCAAGAAAGACCAGAAGAAUGGAUAAGCCUGAUAAAUCAGCUUCAUUAAACAGCUCCCCCAUACGUAAAGUUCGUCAAUUGGGUGUACCUUCAAUGAAAAUGAGCAAGAUAGCGGUGAGCUCGACUAAUGAAAGUCCCAAAAAGAAAAUUAGAUCCAAAGCUCCAGUGGUACCAGAACAAUCCAAUCCCUUUCCAGAUGACAAUGACAUCACAAUGUAUGAACCACAUACAACUACAUUUGUUGAUUUCUCAGUGCCGAAAAAUGAGGACUCCGACUCAGAUGGCCAAGUAGAAUCAUCAGAACUUUGUCUUCCAAAUGACUGCCUUAAUGAUUUGAUGGCUAUUGCGGAAUGUGCAAGACUAAUAAACAAUAAGGUACCGACAGAGGAUGAAGAUAUUGACCUGCUUGCUGAUAAAGCAGCCAAGGUGAUGACCACUGAGAAGGAAGAUAUGAAAGGGAAUAAGAUAGCUAUUGACAAGAAGAUGAAGCGUCGUAAGUCUAGCAAUGACCUUGAAAUGUAUCAACCUACUUCAACUACGGAUGAUUUGGAUGUUUGUGGGGAUUUUCUUAACUCUGGGGAUAAGUAUGUUAAGCCCGACUUUGUGUCUAUGCUAGAGAAAGAUGUCUAUGUUCGAGAUCCAGAAUGUGAAAUAUCAUCAACUUGUGGUGACACCCAGGGCACUGCAAUAGAGAGCCUUGAAGCUUUGUCAGCUAGAAACCCUAGUACGGGAUUUUUGGCUGAAAUAAGCCAGAGUCUCGCUGCUGAAGCUGCAGGAUGGGGUGCAUCUGACGUUGUGGUGGAUGAAAAUUCUUUGAAUUGUCACGAUGAACCUACUCCAGAUAUUGAGGAGGAAGCAGCGGCUGUGAUAUCUUCCUGCAGCGUCCGAGCUGAAUGCGAGCAGAUAUCUUCCUGGGCGGAUGCUUUCGAUCCAUACCUUUUUAUUAAACAGCUGCCGCCGCUGGAGUCGGUGUGCUGCGGCGCGGGGGCGCUGCGCGCGCGCUGCCCGGCGCUGCCGCUCAAGACGCGCACCAGCCCCGACUUCAGCCUCGUUUUAGAUUUGGACGAAACAUUGGUGCACUGCUCGUUACAAGAACUACCGGACGCGAGCUUUCACUUCCCGGUUCUGUUCCAGGAUUGUCGCUAUACGGUGUUCGUCCGCACCCGGCCUCAUUUCGCCGAGUUUCUGUCGCGUGUGUCUCGCCUGUACGAGGUAAUCCUGUUCACGGCCAGCAAGCGAGUGUACGCCGAUCGCUUGCUCAACCUGCUGGACCCCGCGCGACGCUGGAUUAAAUACCGAUUAUUCCGCGAACACUGUCUUCUCGUGAACGGGAACUAUGUCAAAGAUCUCUCGAUACUCGGCAGGGAUCUACGGAAGACCGUCAUAGUUGAUAACAGCCCUCAGGCGUUUGGUUAUCAACUGGAGAAUGGCAUACCAAUUGACAGCUGGUUCGUGGACCGCAGUGACAACGAACUGCUGAAGCUGCUCCCGUUCCUAGAAAACCUGGCUACUAAAGACGACGUACGACCGUAUAUCCGUGAUAAAUACAAACUAUUCAGCUAUCUGCCUCCGGACUAAGAUUCUACGCAAUAAUUGUUCGAAAUCGUUCUUAAAUUGUACGCGCAAUAACACUAUAUUAACUUGAAGCCCUUUCUACUAUCACAGAGUUUAAUCACACUGGAGGCUUUUGAAAUUAAACCAUUUUAAUGGUUUUUUUUUUUUUAAGUUUUUGUAUGUGAAACUGUUUUAAAGAUUGUUAGUGCAACGAUUCUCUGUGUAUUUUUUUGUUGUUCUUAUUUCAAAUGUCACAAUGAUUUUUUUUUUAAUUUAUAAUUGGAAACAAUCUUCAUUCAAGUUAGUAUAGUGUUAACUGUUUUCUGUCUACCAGAUUUUUUUUUUUAAAUAUGUAUGAAACGCUGGGCCGUUUUCAGUUCUUUUUUUUUAUAAUUGGUUUACAUUUAUGCUUAAGGAUGGAAAUUUGUUUUAUUU